GCGGUGUUGGUAACCACCGGAUGGGAAAUACCAGUAAGGAUACGUCCAGGGUAAGGUUUAUAGCUUAGUGACAAGAAUUUGAUUUCUUACACUGAGAAUAAGCCAGGUCCACGCAGUAGUAAGAGCCUUGUUAGUAUACACGCAAGCAGGGACGAAACUUUCACCCCCAAAGUACAAAUCAUCUGGAUUGGCAGGGCAAAUCAUCUGGAUUGGCAGGGCAAUGAAAGAUUUUAAAUGAUAGAAUGUAGAGUUAUUAAGUAGCUUCCAGGGCUUCCAGAGGGAAUUGAAUAGAAUUUAUAGACAUAAAUUUUACAGAUAUUGGUAAAAAAAAGUAAGGGUUUCAUCAUAGAAAUAUUAGACCUAGAAUGCGUGCUUGGUCACGUGACCGGUGUCCAAACUGAAAACAAAAAUGCCCUUAUAAAUCCGCCAUGUUGAAUUUGAGUAGGAGUGCAAACUACAAAGUAUAAACAAAACUAAAACUAUAAAGUUUUCAUCGUCAAAACGUUUGGUAUUUGUAGUUUGGGGAUAGAAUUUGAAAUAUUAAGUUCUUUAAAGGCUCAAAGCAAAUGUGCCGUUACAAAAACGGUGAAAAUCGUGCAGCCUUGUAUAAAAAACAAGUAGUUUUUUCGUGUAGUUUCGCGUAUAAAAUAUAACUUACUCAUAAAACAUUUUUGCAAGCUCUGAACGUAACUGUUUUGCUAAUACUUUAUAAAAUUACGAGAUGAUAGUUCAUUCUUCGUCGGGUUUUGUUUUUCUUCAAUCUAAACGAAGUGUUUUCAUGUUUUUGAAACAAAAAUAUUUAGUUGUUGAUAUUUAAAACUGUAAAUCGCCUAAAUGAUCGUCGAAAACAUAUGGUUUCAAAAGCGUUGCCUCAAGCUCAAGCAACGUAUAAAAAAGUAUAAAAAGUAGUUGUGUAAGUUUAAAAAGAUUAUUGAACUCUAUUUAUAUUAUAAAACAGUUGAAAUAUAUUUUUUAAAACAUACCUCUUGAGUUUCAGUUUGUCUUGAUUUUUCGUGUUUUGUUUUGGCUUGCACAACAACGUUGAAAAUGUAUUUUGAAACGACGAUUUCUCUAUAUAUUCUGUUCAGAACUAUUGCUCUUCGUAAAAAACCCCACGGGAAUGGGUUUUUCUCCAUUAAAAACACUUUUUUUCCACUUCAAGUCUGGAUAGAAUUGUUUUUGCAAACUUUGUUGAAAAAAACAAUUCGCACUCCCGGCACCGCGCGAAAUUCCACGCCACAGGAGUCUGGGACUAGCCAAAAUGCCCUUAUAAAUCCGCCAUUUUGUGGAGACAAAAUUUUUACUGAGAAGAGAUAGGAGCACGCAUUCUAUGUCUAUUAUUUCUAUGGGUUUCAUGCAUGUUUUAACAGGAAUUUGUCUGAAAAAAUUUUUUCGACCUCCCCUCCCCACCCACCCACCCCGCUCGCCAACAUUUUUGGGAGAAAUAGUGAAAAAAAAAUUUUUUCUGCAGGGCAUCAUCGGCUUUCGCAGAGCAAUUCUAGCAGACGCCUCCCCAAUUAAAAGGGGCUAGUUUCGCCCCUGCACGCAAGCAUGGUCCACAAUAACGGUCGUAUUUGGUCACUUUUAUCGCAAUGAUUCCAUAAAGGUGUCAUUUGACAGGUAAAAGUCUGACCUUUAUAAAUACGAAAACAGAAAACUUAUAAACGUAAUAAUUAACACACGGUAACUUGUCAAAUUUGGAUUACAUUUUUUCGACUAUGAGGACUGGACUAGAUUUCAAGUCCGAGUAAUUUGAUCAAGUCUGAGGCGAAGCCAAGGACUGGAUCAAAAUGCGAGGACUUCAAAUCUAAUUCAGUCCGAAUUGGAGGAUUUGAAAUGACGUCUCAUACGAAUGAAUCACUACUUAAAGUGAGGUGAACUAAUUUUGAUCCAAUCCAAGGACUUGAUUAAUUUUGAUCCAGUCCUAGGACUGAGUUAAUUUUGAUCCAGUUCUUAGGACUGACAGGAUCCAUAUACUUCACCAGGUAUCCAGUAUUAUCAUGUGAGCAAAAUAAAGCAAUAUGGUUGGCUAAUAUACUUAUGAAUUUUUAAUGAGUUGGAGAUGCUCACGUGCACCACAAGUGAUUCUGAAGUUCUUUUGUUCUAGUUAACGGCAGAUUUCCACGAUAACGCCGUGCUGGGAGUGUACGGCAGGACAGAGCUAGGAAUGUCACCAACCAACACAGAUUCUCUCAGAUCACAGUUUCCUACAAACUUGGCACUACAGACCACAACAGAUAAAUUCUAUCCUUCAAAUGUUCGCGCUCACGGUAAACUAGAACAGAAUAGGAAUAACCCACAUAGAGAAAUACCUCGUAGAAC